AUGCGGUCUUCGCUCGCCUUUGUGGCUUCUGCCCUCUCCCUGGCCAACCUGGCCCUGGCUGCUCCCUUCUCCGGGAAGGUCGACAAGCGUUCGACCGUCGAGAAGGAUGGAGUCCGCUACAACGUCUUCGAGCACGCUGCCACGGGUGCGAAGCUGGAGUUUGUCAACAACAGCGGAAUCUGUGAGACCACUCCCGGCGUCAACCAGUACUCGGGUUACCUUUCGGUCGGCACCAACAUGAACAUGUGGUUCUGGCUGUUUGAGGCGAGGGAGAACCCCACGACUGCGCCGCUUGCCGCAUGGUUCAACGGUGGUCCUGGAUGCUCCAGCAUGAUCGGCCUCUUCCAGGAGAACGGUCCCUGCCACUUCGUCGACGGUUCCACCGAGCCCAGCCUGAACGAGUACAGCUGGAACUCGUACGCCAACAUGAUCUACAUUGAUCAGCCAAUUGGCGUCGGCUUCAGCUACGGGAAUGAUGAAGUUGUCGAUUCCACCGAGACUGCCGCUCCUUACGUGUGGAAGCUUAUCCAGGCCUUCUAUGACGCUUUCCCCCAGUACGAAAGCAGGGAUUUCGGCAUUUUCACCGAAUCCUACGGCGGUCACUAUGGUCCUGAAUUUGCCCACUACAUCCAGGAUCAGAACAAGGGCAUUGCCAGUGGCAGUGUUGACGGUCAAAAGAUCAAUCUGAUUGCACUUGGCGUCAACAACGGCUGGAUUGAUGCCGAGCUGCAGGAGAAGGCCUACAUCGACUACAGUCUCAACAACACCUACAAGAAGAUUAUCAGCCAGAGCGAGGCUACGUCUUACUACAACGCCUACACGAAGACCUGUCUGCCCGCCAUCCAGAGCUGCGAGAGCACCGGCACUGUCUCGGCCUGCGUCAACGCCGACAACAAGUGCUACAACAGCAUCGAGGGCCCUCUGAGUGAAGAGGCUGACUUCAACGUUUAUGAUGUCCGCAUUGGAGCCAGCGUGACGGACCCGCCCGAGACCUACGCCGACUAUCUCGCCCGUGAUGACGUGAAGAAGGCCAUCGGCGCGCGCUCCACCUACUCUGAGUGCGCGGAUACCCCGUACAACAAGUUCUCGUCCACUGGUGACAACCCGCGCUCCUUCCUGCCCGAGCUCAACUCCGUCGUCCAAUCGGGCUUGACCACCCUCGUCUGGGCUGGCGAUGCUGACUGGAUUUGCAACUGGAUGGGUAACUACGACGCCGCGCAAGCUGUUGAGUUUGACGGUCAGACCGAGUUCCGCGCCGCCUCGCUUGAGCCUUACAAAGUCAACGGCGUCGAGGGUGGCACCUUCAAGACCGUCGACAACUUCUCGUUCCUGCGCGUCUAUGAGGCCGGUCACGAGGUGCCUUACUACCAGCCCGAGCUUGCCCUCCAGGUCUUCAAGCAGACCAUGCAGAAGAAGCCCAUCUCGUCGACUUAG